AUGGAGAACAGAAGUGAUAUAUUGUCAAUCGACAGUCGCGGCGUCAAAACACCUGAGCCGUUCAAAGCUGUUGCUGUUGAAGACAACAGUCCUCCUAGAGUCAACUCGGAUCAUCAUUUCUCGAACUGGCCUUACAAUUGCUGCUAUUUCGUGCCUAAGCUCAUGAACGCAGAAGGCGCGAUCUCUCUACUCAAUCAUGAUGCUGAAUUUCACCCUGCGGACAGCAACACACCAGAACAUUUGAAAGUCGUUGAUUUGACGGAGACCGGAUCAUCUUCUUUUGACCUCUCUCCGUUGGAGAGUGAAUUCGACGACCUUCUCCAGCUGUCUGACCUCAACCACGGCAGUACACGAAUCCUCUUCAUCUCCCAGAAACGGCGGUAUCACAAGAACCGCACCACCAAUAGGUAUGGACUCAAACAUUCAACGUGGCUCAGCAUCUUGUCCUCAGGCGACAUACCUCCAGAUGUAGUCCAAUUGAUCCACGAGAACAACGGCUGCUGGGGAGCCCACACAUCAUACUGUCCCGAUGUCAGAGGCAAGUCUUGUCGGGUCAAGAGCCCAGAUGACUCGCUCGGGCAGACACUAUGUGCCUACCAUAUAUGGUUGAAGCCACGACCUUGGUGGAACGAAGAGCAUUUCGUCUACGCUCGUCAUGGCUUUCAUUCAAGGAAGAAGCUUUUACUCGUCGUGGGCACUUCGCUCGAAGCGCAACAGCAGCGUCUCUUGUCACAAUUUCACUCUGCAACGCAACCGCAUCUGUUUUCCGUCCUGCUUGCCCUUACAACCACAUGGACGAAAGACCUCGAAGAAUUUGUGUGGGAGCAAGACUUUGACACCCAGCGGCUUGAGUCGGACACUGGGUGGUCCACCGUUGGGCACACACAGCUGAAACCUUUGCCGCUCGACAAGCUUGCCCUCCGCAAAGACAUGGUAUUUACCAAGGACGCGUUAUCCCACGUGGUCCGCGCAUCAGAAUCCUUGAGCGAACUCUUCAUCUUCUUGUCAAAAGAGGUACGCACAAUACCUUGCAACGGCUACAAUGUCAACCUUCGUUACAACCAGCUUAAGGACGCCUUCCUCCAACAGGGUUCCAAACAGUGGCACCAAAAGCGCCAAGCUCAAGGUCUCAUUGGCCGCAUUGAUACUCAAUGGAACGUUAUCAGUGCACUCAUGGCUCAGCACACUAACAGCCUAAACUUUCAAAUUGCGAGAGAUUCGAGGAUUGACACCAUUGUCAUGCGGCGGAUCUCCUUUGUGACAAUAGCUUUUCUUCCUGCAACCUUUCUAGCAACUUUCUUCAGCAUGUCGUUUUUCACCUCAGGGGACAUCACUGCAAAUCCCACGAUCUGGAUCUACGUUGUGUGUGUCAUUCCCCUGACCUUGGCGAUUGCCUGGCAGUCGAGUGCCCGACGUUGGUUCGCGGUACGGUGGGUGGUGUCAAAGUUACAGAAGAAGGCCCCUAAGAGAAGUGAUUUCUUCGAGGACCAAGGAGAGGGAAUUCAGAUGGCACGAAAUUCUCUGCAUAUGGCUUAG